AUGGCCGGCUGCUGCUGCCUGUCCGCGGAGGAGAAGGAGUCGCAGCGCAUCAGCGCCGAGAUCGAGCGGCAGCUUCGUCGGGACAAAAAGGACGCGCGCCGGGAGCUCAAGUUGCUGCUGCUGGGAACUGGGGAAAGUGGGAAAAGCACCUUCAUCAAACAAAUGAGAAUUAUCCACGGGUCUGGUUACAGUGAUGAAGACAGAAAGGGGUUCACGAGGCUGGUUUACCAAAACAUAUUCACCGCCAUGCAAGCCAUGAUCAGAGCAAUGGACGCCCUGAGGAUACAGUAUGUGUGUGAGCAGAAUAAGGAAAAUGCCCAGAUGAUCAGGGAGGUGGAAGUAGACAAGGUCUCUAUGCUCUCAAGGGACCAGGCAGAGGCCAUCAAGCAGCUCUGGCAGGACCCGGGAAUCCAGGAGUGCUACGACAGGCGGCGGGAGUACCAGCUGUCCGACUCCACCAAGUACUACCUGACAGACAUCGACCGCAUCGCCACGCCAUCGUUUGUGCCCACGCAGCAGGAUGUGCUCCGUGUCCGUGUGCCCACCACUGGCAUCAUCGAGUAUCCAUUUGACUUGGAAGACAUCAUCUUUCGGAUGGUGGAUGUUGGCGGCCAGCGGUCUGAAAGACGGAAAUGGAUUCACUGCUUUGAGAGCGUCACUUCCAUUAUUUUCUUGGUCGCUCUGAGCGAAUAUGACCAGGUCCUGGCUGAGUGUAACAAUGAGAACCGCAUGGAAGAGAGCAAAGCCUUAUUUAAAACCAUCAUCACCUACCCCUGGUUUCUGAACUCAUCUGUGAUUUUGUUCUUAAAUAAGAAAGAUCUUUUGGAGGAGAAAAUCAUGUACUCUCAUCUAAUUAGCUAUUUCCCAGAAUACACAGGACCAAAGCAAGAUGUGAAAGCAGCCAGAGACUUUAUCCUGAAGCUUUACCAAGAUCAGAAUCCUGACAAAGAGAAAGUCAUCUACUCCCACUUCACAUGUGCUACAGAUACAGAGAAUAUCCGCUUUGUGUUUGCUGCUGUCAAAGACACAAUUCUACAACUAAACCUGAGGGAAUUCAACCUCGUUUAAAAGCUGCUGCCCAUUCCUCCCCUGGAACAAAGACAUGUUCACAAGCUCCUCUUGUUUUAUUUGCAAGUGCUUCUGACGUCACCUGAGCCAGCCCCUGUGCCAGGCACCCGUCACAGGGACAGAGAGGAUGAUGGGACUUGGACGAUUUUUGAGUUUACCAAAAUAUUUAAAGGUCUUUAAUUCUCAAAUUGUUUUUAUAAUUCUCUCCUUGGCUUUUGGCUGUAAGAGUUUGUGUAAUUUUUGAAGUUGGUAUUUUAUGGAAUUUUUAAAGGCCACUGUGAUUUGCUGUUUAUUUUUAAAUUAAACUCAAUUAAACUAAAAAUAGCCAUUAAAAAUUAUGUAA